AUGUGGCUUAUAAGACCCCACACGGAAACUAUGCUAGCCCUAGGAUUUGGAAAACCCGAUCGAUUUACUCCACCUAAGGUUGGGCCAGGAUUCCUGCAUGUUUUCUCUUGGAAAGUAGGGCCGUGCAACCGGCCAUGACCAAACUGGGAAUUACAUGUAUUAACAGCACGUAGGACGAAGUAGAGGAAAAAACAAAAGAUGCUUGGUAUACAAGGUCCACAUUCACCCAAGGACAAAAUGGCAUGGACAUAGCUAGCCAAACGUAGGGGAUAAUAAAACAGAAUAGUCUUGGUGGCUUCGCGUUAGUCAAAACGAUUUCACAUUCAAUGGAACACCCAGAUAUGAAGCAAAGCACCAAAAGCACCAAACAAACAGAGCUAGAGCUAGGUAUGAAUAAGGAGGAAGUAGAAGCGAUGACACGAAGAUGGAUGGUUUCCUGCAGCGGGCGGCUCUGUGUCUCGCCUGCCAUGGCUCCUGCUGCAGGCAAUUCGGAGUCGGAAGAUGGGCUUCUCUUUUUGCGUGACAGGCACUUUGGGCUACAUGGAGAGAUCAUGAUGUUUGCGCUUGUCGCUUUCUUCUCUCUUUUUAUCCUAUUCCUCGUCAUGCUGCCUUAUCUCAAGCGCCUUAGCAAUCAUGAAUCGGAGUAUUCAGGCUCUGUGGCACCGCAAAACUGUGCCUUUCCGUGGCUGAGGAAGAGGAGGAUGGAGGAUGUCACACCAGAAGUAUCACUGCAGGGCGAGAAUGAAUUUAGCAGGAAAUUCCCCCUGUAAGUGCUUUGGUUACUUUGAAAGAACUUAAUUUCCAUAGAAAAAAGCAAUAGUUCCUUGUAUUGAACAGCUAGCUAGGUGUCAUAACUAUGCCUGAGGCCGGUUAGUUCCUAGUGUUUCAUAAUCCAUGACUGGCACUGCUAUUUAUCUGGUUUCGCUGCGAGCAAAGCCAUAGUAUUCGUAACAUAUAUCACUAACCUGUGGUUGUGAGACUCCAAUCUCGAUCUACGAUCGAUAUCGCGUGUAAUCUUAUUUGUGUUCUCUCAUGA